AUGAACCAAGCUCCAUAUAUCGUGGACCGCAACAGCAAAUGUCGAGCCGCCAGUUCACAAUCUUCGUCCGCUUGCAACUUGGAUGGCGGCGGCAGCGGUUGGCGACAGUUUUGCUGCUGCGUCUCACUGCCAACGACCACCACGGAAACGCCCGCCACAACCGGAGCCGCCUCAUCCACCACGACCACGGAAGAAGGCGGUGGAAACAACGAUCCCCACAUUCAGUCGCUGAAGGGGGCACACUACACACUCCUGAAAGGCGGCAACUUCCUGGCAUGGAGCUUUUCGAAGGGACCGGUGGACUGGCGGCUCUUGGCCAGCUAUUCUGGCUCCAGUUCCAGAUUCACUCCACAGUCGCUGCUGCUUCUGGACCAUUCAGGCCAGACCAUGGAGUUCACAGCGGAGAAGUGUGAAUGGCAGGCUCACUCCGAGGACGAAUGGCGCCACGUGCGGGCAGGGUCACUCCUGUCCACCGAUGGCUCCAACUGGGAUGUGCAGGAAGUGAACAAGAGGACUCAGGAUCCCCUGAGCAUGGAAUCCGUGAUCUUCUUGAACAUGGACGAGGCUGGUGGUCCGCGGAAGGUUGCAAGGCUCCUUGUCCACUGCAGCCCCCAGGAGCAUUUGAACUUUAAGGUGAGCGUGUUCGAGAAGAACGACAUGGACCAUGUGGGAGGUGAGCUUGGAGCUGUCCCUGAUGCCAACAAGUCGUUGCACUUGAGCUUCUUGUCGGCCAAGCUUGGUUCCAUGGUCACAAAGAUGGACACCGAGUUUGAGGUGCCAGGCACCUGGCUGAUGUUGGGUGGGAGUGAAGCGGCAGCAGCGUAUUUGACGUCCAAAACCGUAGAUGAGGGCAUCGGAGCUUCCCUCCUCAGUACCAGCUGCAGUGAUGUCCAGGAGCAAGAGGCAGAGAAGAUUUGUGCCAAGCACCUCCAAAAGGAGGGCCAUCACGCAGAGAUCUUCACAGACUGUGUCUUUGAUGUUUGCCAUGGAGGAGGAGAACAAGAUGCCCAGAGUGCGGCCGCAUUUAUCUCAGCCUAG